AUCUGAAAUAGUGUUGUAACUCGUUUUUCAAAAAGAAAAUAAGAUAAGAAAAUAAGAUAACGUUUUGUUGAUCUGCGUGCGAUUGCAUUGUACUGUAACUCGUGGUUACAGAAGCGGAAUAUAGAACGGCGCGUAAAUCUGCUCAGUGUAGUUGUAGCCGGAGUGCGCAAGACAGUUUAACCGAUUGGUCUAGGAAGCCGGCGCACAUACAGUUAGACCGCACUGCUGCACUUUAUUUCCUAGUGGAAGUUCUUUACUUCAUUUUUAUCCCUCAUUUUGUCGUAUCUCAGUUUGCCAUGGCCUGCGACAUUUAUCCCUGCAGUGACGCGUCGCUAAUCAAGUACAUAUUAAUGAAAUGCAUGCUCUUCUAAUUCAGGAGACUGACGCUGCACAAAGAAGUCUGUACCUGAAGAACACGCAGAGGCGAGUAGCCAGAAGCUUGUUAUGCCAACAAAUAAUUGGAUGAAGAGAGCCUGAAUAGUGGUUAUACAAGACGUGGUCUACUAAAAGUUCUAUCCGCAGGGUGUAAGGAGCAGGUCAAAAACACCUAUCGCUUAUCAUUCCUUUGUGGGGGACCAGCGGGAGCAGGACACCUUCGGAAGGACAGAGCUUGGUCCAGUACAAGCCAGUCUCCGGAGACCUGGCGGAAUUAAGAUAUCACUUACCUACUACGGAUUUUAAUUGCUGAAGGCUUCUCAAAACCAGGAAUUAACAGUACGCGAUUUCAGCAUAGCAAGAUGUAAGAUAACUACCUCACAGGCUGGGUCAACUACUUGAGGGGCACAAGAUGAACGCUCUUUUUUAACUGCCACUCCACUUCACUUUUUCCGCGUAGAGAGGAAAAUGUGGAACUGACUAGGUGGCCAAAGGUGAGGAGAAAUCUCCUGUCCUUUUGGGAUAGUUUGCUACCCAGGCUACUCUCAAAAGCGUUGCGGAUCCACACUGCCGAAGUGUCGCUGCUAGUGGCGUGACAGCAGUGCGAUUAAGACUCUUUAGAGUUCGGAUAUUUCUGCAGAACAAGCUGUGCGACAAUGUAUCGCAUUCUGCAUCCUCAAGUGUUCUCCAUCUGGGUUACACUCAUCUCCGGGGCCACGGCUGAGCUGACAUGUGAUGCGCUUCUGCUGCUCUCCACCAACCUCACUGCUCGCACUUUGUUACUGUGGAACCAGACAUCCAGCUCAAGUAAUAACACAGGCUUAUUCUGUAAUAUAUCGAUAGAUGGCAUUGGGACAUGCUGGCCCAAGAGCAGUGCGGGUGAGAUCGUAUCGCGGCCCUGCCCGGAGAGCUUCCUGGGUGUCCGCUACAACACCACCAAUAAUGUCUAUAGAGAAUGCCUCGCCAAUGGAACUUGGGCAAAGAAGGGGAACUACUCGCAGUGUCAGGAAAUACUCAAUGAAGAGAAAAAGAGCAAGUUGCACUACCAUAUUGCAGUUAUUAUAAACUACCUGGGCCACUGCAUUUCUCUGGGAGCUCUGCUGGUCGCCUUCAUCCUCUUCAUGAGGCUCAGGAGUAUUCGUUGCUUGAGGAACAUCAUUCACUGGAACCUGAUUACAGCAUUCAUCCUUCGCAACGCUACCUGGUUCGUAGUGCAGCUUACUAUGAACCCCAAGGUGCAUGAAAGCAAUGUGAUCUGGUGCAGGUUGGUCACAGCAGCGUAUAAUUAUUUCCAUGUGACCAACUUUUUCUGGAUGUUUGGUGAGGGUUGCUACCUCCACACAGCCAUAGUUCUGACCUACUCCACUGAUAAGCUAAGGAAGUGGAUGUUCAUUUGCAUCGGCUGGUGUAUCCCCUUUCCUAUUAUUGUUGCGUGGGCCAUCGGUAAGCUGUACUACGACAAUGAAAAGUGCUGGUUUGGGAAACGGGCCGGUGUUUACACUGACUACAUCUACCAGGGCCCCAUGAUUCUGGUUCUUCUGAUCAACUUUAUUUUCCUUUUCAAUAUUGUGAGAAUCCUCAUGACGAAGCUGAGGGCCUCUACCACCUCAGAGACCAUUCAGUACAGGAAAGCAGUGAAGGCUACUCUUGUUCUGCUGCCGCUCCUGGGAAUCACCUACAUGCUGUUCUUCGUCAACCCUGGAGAGGAUGAGAUCUCCCAGAUCGUUUUCAUCUAUUUUAAUUCAUUCCUCGAGUCUUUUCAGGGCUUUUUCGUGUCUGUGUUUUAUUGCUUCCUGAACAGUGAAGUGCGUUCAGCCGUUCGGAAGCGCUGGCAUCGCUGGCAAGACAAGCACUCCAUCCGAGCACGGGUGGCACGUGCCAUGUCAAUCCCCACCUCCCCCACCCGAGUCAGCUUCCACAGCAUCAAACAGUCGUCCGCUGUCUGACUUCAGCUGAUCCCGACCCCAGAACUUUACACAGAACUCACCUCCUCCCCUCCACUCCCAGCCUCAACACCAGCUCCUCUCUCUAACUUCAGCUAACCCUCAGCUCCCACAGCAAAGCUAGGGUAUGAGGGCCAAACAGGGUAUGAGGCCUUUGACUGAAGAACACCCUGAGAUGGGGCACCUACCCGAGGUAAAGACUCGCCUUCAAGAGAACAGGGGAGGAGCAAACUGUAAAGAGGUCAGACUCAAUCAGCCAAUCUGAGGCAGAUAACAGGAGGCCAGGCUCUAAGGAAAACACUACAGUGGAGUCUGCCAAGUAGAAAAUGAUCAAAGUUUAAUUGGGUUUCUUCAUUUCCCCUGGUCAGCCCUUCCAUCUGUGUGAUGCCCUCACUGGGACACGGCUUUCCAGGCAGAGCCUUUGGAGUACAAGGGCAGGAGCUCAGAGGAGGAACAUGUAUAAUCUUCCUGAAGGUUUCAUAUGAAGGUACUUGUCAAACUUGGACAGUUGCUUCCCAUCAGUCUGCACAUGUGACGAUAAAUGGUAGGUGAUAAAUCACCAAGCUUUUGCUGAUUUUCCUUUUGGGGGUGAAUUUGCUGUUUCUGGAGCACUUCUGAAGCAAGGUGUGUCACAAUGGAUAUGUGUGCAAUGGAUACACAAACCGUCUUUUGAAUACAAAACUACCACAGAUCUUUCAAACUACUGCCUUUUAAUAUUUUGAUUGAGUUCACAUUUGUAGACAAACAAAUGCACCCAUCUAAUUGAGCCUCGUUGUCAACCUAGGCUCAGAGACUGAGUCAGUCAUCAGAGAGAUAGGGCAUGGAAGUUUACUAAACUUCCAAAUUUCUUCAUGUCACAUCAUCUUAUGAAGUUCUCAAAGUUCCCAACUUUAAAUAUUUCAGUUUGGCAACUUUAUCUGAGGCAAAAACAUGCCAAUGCACAAACAUUCAUAUUGUUUAUUUAAUGUUUAAAAAAGGUGUUUUAGAAACAAGUGUCAGUUAAAGUCAAGUGGACAUUCUAUAUCACCAUUGUGUAUUUUGGUUACAAACAUGCAAUCAGUCCUUUCACUUACAGCUGACUUAUAAUUAAGGUAAACUCAUCACAUUUUUAACAUUAUUUUAUGUUUUAUAAUCAAGAAGGGGCCCCUGUUCAGAACAUGCAAUACAACAAUUUAAGUCUUAUAAAAGAAGAGACCAGAUAUAUUCUAAUCCUAUGAAUAAAGUAUACAUAUUGUCGUAGUACUAAAUGGAGGAAGUGUUUAUUUUUUAAACUGUCAAGUUCAGGCCUUCCUGGUGAAUGUUGUUUUAAACUAGCUCUAGCCAACUCCUUUCUCCUUCAUUCAGGCUGGGAGUAGAACUUCAUGUCCUUAGAGAAGUCCCCAGAGACAAGAACAGACUCAAGUUUUAACAUCAAUGAAAUGCUUCCCUGCCUGGUUAGGCAGAGCCACAUCUGAAACCAAAAAAAAAUUGCUUGCAGAAGCUCAUACUAACAAAGGGCUUAUCUUAUUAAACAAAAAUGUGAAGCACCACAUUGUGGAGCACCGUAAAAACCUCACACUAACACUCAACUGAACAUAUUAAAUUGUCAUCCAGAUCACUAUUUAGAGCCACUUCUAUUAUCCAGAUUCAAAAUCACCUGCGGCCUAGCAGCCUUAGAAACAAGUCAUUGUGGAUGUGAGGACAACGCUUUUCUAAAAGAAUGAUGAUUAAGAGAUGUGAGUGGGUUUUGUCUUAGUGUGAAACCAUGCCACUGUGUAUAGAAACGAAAACACAGGUUGAUAUCUGUCACUCACGGUAUUUGUGCAGGUAAAUGACACAAAUGUCAAUUACUGUGGACAGGGGCAGUCAUGAUGUUAAUUAAGUACAAUGUUUUUGGGUCACCCUCUCCAGUUUUGUUGUUUUUUUCUGUGUUUUUUGAGUGUGUGUGCGUGUGUGUGUGAUAAAAAUACACCAGACUGGCAAUGGCCUCCUGCAGUGAGCUAUAACCCUUAAGCAUUUUUGUUCUCAACGAGGCUAACUUUUGCAAACACCAUUUGAAUGUAUAUGCAUUCUCUCACAAAGGCACUCUUCUUCAAACCCUGAAUCACAACCCAGCUUUAAUAUGCUAAAAGAGAUUCUUUUUUUCUUUUUUUGCUGUGAAUAUUUAAUCAGUCAAGGCAUGUUAUUGUGUUAUAAAUGAACACACUUUAAACAGAGAUUGUUAAACAAUGCCAUUGUGACUCAUUUGUGAACUAAUAGGUUAUUACAUUUACAAAAGUAACUAAAUCUGGUGCAGCUGAAACCCCAAAGCAGCCUAUUAUGUUUCCUUCGAUGAUCCAACAUAUCUGGUGCCCCUAAGUCUUACUAGAAUUAGGCUAUGUGCAGGCAUUUUCAGAAAAAAAUAACGACUAAUAUUGUGAGUAAAAGCACAGACAUUGUCCACAAAGCCAAAAGUUUCACCCCAGAAUUAUCUUGGCCCAUCUAUCUCUUUGGCUCCAAUUGGCUGGAUGAAGCAAUGGAGAAACAAAAGAAAAGUAUCUUUUCUCAGUGUUGUGGCUGCUGUCCUAGUCAGGUCUGUACCUCACUGUUCCUCAAACAUCUGAAUGUAAAAGUAUGCAGAGCUCACUGCAGAGAAAAUCUGCACACUUAAACUUUCUUGAGGAAAAAUAGGUUUUGGAUUAAGAUAGAGGGGAGGGAGUGAAUUAAGCGAAUUAAGCAAAUUAAGCAAGGAGAAUCAAGUUUGAAUGAGCAGAAUCAGCUUAAACUAGCAAUAUGAUGCCAGUUUCCCACUUAUAUUAAGAUGAAUAGAUGCAGUGGAGCAUUUUCUGCAUUCUCUGAAUCUGAUAUCCACUAACAUCGUCACAUCCUGCCACAUUACAGCAACCCCAGCAGGGCCAUAAAAUGGUACACAGAGUUCUUUCAGCACUAUUUCAAACUUUUCUAAUGCUAUUGCUGUGAUGCUCUCGGGAAAUGCAACCAGACCGCAACUACAAAAACAAGGCCAACCCAUUUGUCCCAUUAAGUCAUAUGUCCACACACUUUAUUUUUACAGGGCCUUUGACAAAUAGCAACUGAUUAUUAUUAUUAUUAUUAUUAUUAUUAUUAUUAUUAUUAUUAUUAUUAUUAUUAUUAUUUUGGCUACUUUUCAUUCUACUUGGAGGCAGAUCACAUUGAAAAUUGAAAAAAUUGCAAAAUAUGUAUCCACUGUUAAAAGACAUGAAAAACCCCAGCAGUCACGCCAUCAGUUCACUUUCGGGAUUUACCACUUCCAUGCCAGAGUCUAGGUCUGAGAGUACAGAGGCCAGGUU